AACACCACGCGCACGAGCAGUGAAGUACUACCGAAGCCCCACAGGUUGUGGCAGCAGUGUAAAACUUGGGGCACGCUGAUCGAAACAAUUGUUCCUACGAGCUCACCAUCAGUAAAAAUGCAGCUCUAAUGUGCGACAGCGGUGCUCAUAAAGAGCGCGUAGAUGGUGACAUUGUCGUCUGUCAUACCGCCGGAGUGACUGUCUUGUGUAAACGAAUCGAUGGCUUCUCAUGGUAGGAUAGUACUGAGUUACCAUGACACGCUUCUCCGCGAGUCAGACAUGGAGUUACUGGACGAACCGCACUGGGUGAACGACAACAUCAUCUGGUUCUGGAUGCAGUACCUUGAAAACGAACUCUAUGCAUCGCGCUGUGAUACCCUCGCCUUCGUAGGACCCGACGUUGUACAACUUGUCAAGCUGGGUGCUGCGCUCAACGUUGAUCAGGUGCUCAAGUCGCUGGAACUGAAACAAAAAGAGUUGAUAUUGUUGCCAGUCAACGACUGUCAAGAUUUCGACCUGCCUGGCGGUUGUCACUGGAGCCUUCUCGUUUAUAAUCAAACCAGAAAGAUAUUCGAGCACUAUGACUCGACCAAGGGACACAACCACUCCCACGCUAAGUCAAUUGCUCGAGCUUUAGCCCCUCUUCUAUCGCUACGGGAAGUUCGAGUUGUCGAGUCCGACUGCCUGCAGCAACAUAAUUCUUUCGACUGCGGUCUUUACGUUAUGUACAACCUACAACAAGUUUGCGCCGAGCAUAUUGUGCUUCCGGAAGCUGACGGUAGUCGUAGAACUUUGCUCACAAGUUGGAUGCAACAAAAUAGAAAGACACUGAAAGAACUAAUCGUGAAGCUGAGUGAACCUUGCGCGUAAUAAAGUAGCUUCCAGUGGUGUGGAUAUUUAUUUGUUUUAGGGAAUGCCUUCGUCGA